AUGGCUUUCCGACCGCUGUUACGGCAGCGCGCCGUCGUUCCCGCCAUGGCUGCCCUCUCGGCCACGACAAUCUUCGCUCCUCGCUCCGUAUACGCAGAAGAGCGCCAGGAAGACUACUCGAACCGCAAGCCAAUCUACGAUGACAUACCCAUUGAUGCCACCGCUCCUACUGCCCCCUCUCUACCAGCACCAUCACGCUCGGCCCCCUCCGAAGAGCCCGUCUACCGCCCAACUCCUACCGAUCGGUUGGCUGUUCAGAUUGGACGUGCGCGUAUGGCUCUGUACGAGCAAGCGGUGCGUGGUGAAAAGGCCGUCGAUAACGCUCUUACCGAGACGCUCCGCCUAGAGCACUCCUUCACAAGCACCAUCCGUUCGCUAGCCCCACCAAAAGAGUCUGGCGAGAAGGUCUUGCCCGGCGCCCUGUACGUGCUCGUUGCCUCCAUGGCCGGAUCCAUUGUCACACGCAACCGCAACAUACUACUCCGCGCAUCUGUGCCUCUUGCCGUGGGCAUUACUGCUGCCAACGUGGUGCUGCCCAUUACCUCCAAGAACGUGGGUGAUCUCAUUUGGACCUACGAGGAGCGAUAUCCCGUUGUUGCAGACACACAUCUGCGCAUGAAGAAGCGCAUCCUGCAGUUUGUCGAGACUGGAAAGGCACAUGCUCAGGGUACCGUUGGUGCCGUCGAGGGCAAACUCGCCGAUACCCGGGAAAGCUUGGAGGACUGGGUCAAGAAGGGCCGGUAA